AUUAUUCUGUGUCAAAAGGCCGAAACCUAGCCCAAUAAUAGAGAAGAUGAAAUACCUAUAUUUUUUCAUUAGAUUAUUUGAAAAUUAUGAAUUUCUGGAACAGUCUCUUGUAAUACCUACGAAUUUUUUCUAAAAAGUGUAUUUUUUUCUUCAGGUUCACUUUUUUAUAAUGCAUAAAAACUCCAAAAGUGAUAAUGAUAGUGAGGAAGAGAAAAAACCGAUCAUUGUUAGAAACUCUACAGAUCUUCAACGACUCAAAUUGGAAAAAUUAAUGAGAAAUCCAGAAAAACCUGUUGUUAUUCCCGAGAAACCAAAAGAAAAAGGGGUUCCGAAUGUGCCAGAUUUUGUAAGAAAUGUAAUGGGAUCUAGUGCAGGUGCUGGUUCUGGCGAAUUCCAUGUUUAUCGGCAUCUUAGAAGGAAAGAAUAUGCAAGACAGAAAUAUAUGAAGGAGAAAGCUGAAAAGGAUAGAUUAGAAGAGGAGUAUCAUGAGAAGUUAGAGGAUAAUAAAAGGAAGGCUGAAGAGCGGACCGCAAAAAAGCGUAUGAAACGAUUGAAGAAAAAACAGAAACAGAAAGGAAAACAGAAAAAACCAAACACUGACACAAUCUUAAAAAGUGAAUCAUCGCCAUCUUCGGAAGAUGAUGAUGAUAAACAAUCUUCUGACGAAGAAUGUAUUGAAGAAAGUACUUCAGAAAAAAAAGAUCAAAACGCUCCAAAAGACAUUACAAAUGAGUCUGACAUAAAAAACGGUAGUGAUGCUAUGGAAAUUAUUGAAAGUCCAACCAUAUCAAAAGAAGGGAAUUCCGAACAAAGCAAAAAGUUGUCUAAUAAUACGAAUGAAAAUGAAAGACAAUCUUCAGAAAAUAAUUGAUUCAUUGAAUUGGUUUCCUACACUAGUUUUCGGUUCAAGAUGAAAGGGGAAAAUUUCCAUGGUUUCUAAUUGUCACCAAGAAAAAACUUUUGUGCACACUAAGAAUAAUACAUUUUUGUAUAGAAGAGUGACAUUCCCUGAUCAUGACAUGUCAUUUGUUUGUAAAACAUUUAUGUUUCAAAUUAGAAAUGUGAAUG